AUGCGAGCAAAGGUUCUUCCGAUUUUUGGAAUCGCGGUUUCUGUUUUGGGAUCACCUUUCAGACCUUGCGUCGACCUCCUCGACAGCCCCGUUCAGAGUCGGCCGAGAUGUUCGCGGCUCUCCUCCCCGCCGGCCAUAUCUUCAGGGGCCCUACGGGGUGGCAUGGAUGGGCAGAUCGAACCUGGACUCAAACAAUCGCGCGAUAGUCGUCAGAGGAAUGUUUCCAGGAUGCGCUCUUCAACCACCCUUAUGUCUACCGUGUUGUUUCUCACAGCCACUGUCUUCGGGCAGGGAACUGGACAAUACGGGACGUACUACUGCAUGACAGUGGAGGGAAAACCAGCCCCGAGCAACAAUUUCUGCAAUGCAGUAAAAGGCGCAGUCCUCCCUUCCCCUGGCUUCUGCUGCAUUCGCUCCUCCGACUUUGACAGACUCCAGGCUCUUUCGAAGGGGUGCGCAGAUAAUGGCCUGGUACUUGGACAGAAAAAGGUUCCUUGUAGCCCGUAG